AUGAACCAGAGACAGGCCCUUCGACACGCGCCUGCAGCAGGAGCUAGUCUCUCAGUCGAACUAGGCCCCUCGACGAAAGGUCUUUCACUUCAACUGCAAUCGACUCUUUUGCCAGAAAUACGAAACCAACUGAUCAAGCUAUCCGACUUGCUGCAAGAACCUCAACCAGUGCUCAAGCUCGUGAAAGAGAUUAAAUCAGUUUUGAUUGAAGCUUCGUUGCAGUUACAACUCAGAUGUACAAGUUUGACGGGUUGUCCAAAUGAACAACAAUACUUACCGCUAGAAGUUAAUAACCAACAAACCGUCACACUCAAAUCCACCAACAUCCGGGUCAUGAAAUUCCGACUGCGAAACCUUUUUAAAUUUCUACACAACGCCUGCACCGCCUGUGAUAGGUGCUGUGACUACACCCAAAAUCUGAUGUACCUAGCCGGAGAUCGCGAUGCUAGAAAACAAAUAGAUUCGGCCAAGCUUGAUGCCGUAAAUUCCACAUCUGCUGCCUUGAAGACCCUUGAUUCAAUCGUUGACAUGCUGAAAGGUUCCGCAAUUGACCUAGUUCAAUCUCGUUGGCUAUCUCACAUCGGGCGUAUUGAUAACACACUGGAAGAGCUCUUGAGCUUAUACGAUCCAUCGACCCAAGGCCGACACGAAAGGACACAUCCCCUCAGAGCACCCGUCAUCAAUCUAGCUGAAACACUCAUCCCAGUCAUAAAACUUGCGAGGCUUUUUUUCAGAAAGUUACUGAAAUUAGGAUUGAAUACAAAGUGGCUCCUGUUUGAAAAGAUGUGCUCCGCUGAACGCCUAGCUUUCUCGCCCCUCUCUGCCGAACCGCAACUCAAGGAGUUGCUGGUUUAUUUGAAGCCUUAUUUAGAAUCAAGUGACGCGCCAGCGCCUCUACAUUGGGGCGAUUUUAAUCGAAUAGUCAACAAUCUCAAAGCCGAUUUCGGAUCUGCCUUGUGUUACGUGGUCCGCUAUCUGAUUCUUCUCAACGGCCCCUCUGACCAAGUACACCUCGUGAACUGGUUGUAUAUUUGGGACAAGGAGCUCUCUCUAGCCAUCGAUAAACUCUUGAAAGCUUUUGCGCUAUUUCGAAACAAUAUUAACCGAGGACAUUAG